UAGCCUCCCUGGAGGUAUUCCCGAGUGUAGCUCGGGGUAAAGUUUCAGUACCACAAGCGGUAACCCCGAGCUACACUCGGGAAUACAUGCGGCGUUGCUCCGCGAUCCCUCGAUCACUUGCCUUGUCCUGCGCUCCCGCGAUGUCCCUCCUGCAGUGUCCCCGGCAAUGUAAUCCAUCAAAUGCCGGCAUCUGUCAUCUGGGUUCCAUCCCCUGCGAGCGUCGGGGGGGAUGGAACUGGCGGUAAAUUUGACAAUUUUAAAAGUGACAUUCACUAAAUUCACUAAAAUCACAUAGUAAAACAUUACUGUAUCAAACCAUUUCACAUACAU